AUGUAUAUUAACUUCAUCGAGGAGUAUCAUCGUCUUGGACAUAUGAGAGAGGUAGUUACAGAUGAUGAAACUUCUCAGCAGUACUUUAUUCCACAUCAUUGUAUUAUUAAACCUGAAAGCACCACAACGAAAUUACGCGUUGUAUUUGACGCUUCGUGUCCUAGUUCAACCGGAGUAUCUCUCAAUGAUGCUUUAAUGGUUGGACCCACUGUACAAGAUGAUUUGAUUUCGCUCAUUCUUCGGUUCAGGUUUCAUCGGUAUGCUUUGAUUGCGGACAUUGAAAAAAUGUAUCGCAUGGUUGAAGUUCAACAACAUGAUAGACGAUUGCAACGUAUAUUUUGGAGGAAUCAUCCGAACGAACCAAUUCGCGUGUUCGAAUUGUGCACCGUGACAUAUGGUACAGCAUCCGCCCCGUACCUGGCAACGAAAUGUCUGAAGCGGCUCGCGGAACUCGAUGGCGCGAAGUUUCCGGAUGCCGCAGUUGUUCUCGCAAGUGACUUUUAUGUAGACGAUUUGAUGUCUGGCGUCGACACCACGGAAGAUGGUGUUAAAUUAUACCACGAGCUAACACGACUUUUGAAAAAUGGUGGCAUUACAUUACGAAAGUGGAGUUCGAAUAACUCAACAAUACUCGAUCAUAUUCCUCAUGAUAUGAGAGACGAUCGGUCAUCCGUCGACUUAGAAAGUGCUAGUACCGUUAUCAAAACACUGGGAUUAGUCUGGGAGCCCAGAUUGGACUGCUUUAAAUUCAAGGUUCCCUUGUGGAAUCGUACAGAAGUUUACAAAAGGACUGUCCUCUCUGAUUUGGCUCGAAUUUUCGAUCGAAUCGGAUUAAUUAGUCCAAUAAUAAUCGCAGCCAAAAUCUUCGUCCAAGACCUCUGGAAGCAGAAGCUUUCUUGGGACGAUCCACUUAGUAGCGAUCUACAAUCUCAGUGGCAAAAAUAUCGCCACAGUUUAAUUGGGUUAGAAAAUUUGAGGAUUCCCCGAUGGUUAGCAUUUUCCAAAACAUGUCUGUCCGUUGAGCUCCACGGAUUUUGUGAUGCAUCCAUCAAGGCAUAUGGAGCCUGCAUCUACGUUCGAUGUACUCACAUCGACGGACAAAUCACUUCGAACCUGCUAGCUGCGAAGUCAAAAGUUGCACCGCUUGAUGACCAGAAAAGAAAGAAGAGAUCACAGACGAUUCCACGACUAGAACUCUCCUCGGCAUUACUUCUUGCUCAUCUGUACGAGAUAGUGUCGAAGAGCAUCCGGAUAUCUGCUAGACCUUUUUUUUUGGACAGAUUCAAUGAUUGUUCGCUAUUGGUUGUCAUCGAUCCCAUCGAGAUGGCAAGCAUUCGUAGCGAAUAG